UGAACACGCUCUGGGUCAGCUAGGUAGCAACGUAAUUAUCUCUUUGUCUUAUACUGCUCACGAGGAGAAAAUUACAGAACGAUCUGCCCAAACCAGGAGGCCGAUGCGAGACAAGUGAGAAACCAAUCAGAGUAAAGGAUUGGUGAAAGAUAAUAUUCAACAUAGGCCUACUGUCAGAAGGAACUGACGAUGGCAACUGCAACGUAUAACUCUCUGAGUCGUGCUGGCUUGACAUUCGAGUAUCUACACACGAACUCAACAACGCACGAGUUUCUAUUCGGAGCGCUCGCUGAACUUCUUGACAAUGCCAGGGAUGCAGAGGCAAGUCGUAUGGAUGUAUACACAGAAUUUGAUGCGACAAUGCGAGGUGGCUACGUAUUAUGUUUCCUCGAUGAUGGAACAGGAAUGGACCCAAAUGAUACUGCAUCCAUAAUCCAGUUUGGAAGGUCAUCUAAGAGACUGCUUGAUGGAAACUUGAUAGGCCAGUAUGGAAAUGGACUGAAAUCGGGUACGAUGCGAAUAGGGCGUGACUUCAUCCUCUUCACCAAGAAGGGCGACACAAUGAGCUGUCUCUUGCUCUCAAGGACAUUCCAUGAACAGGAGAAGAUAGAAGAAGUCAUUGUCCCGAUGCCAUCAUUCAAUGCCGUCACGGGAACACCACUGAUUGGUACCUCCGCUGCAGAGAAAGAAAGGCAUCGAAUAGAAAUGGAUAUUAUACUCAAGUACUCACCGUUCCAUACAGAGGAGGAAGUCUUUAGGCAAUUCAGACAGAUCAAAAACUCAGGUACUCUUGUCGUUGUGUAUCAUAUGAAGCUGUUAGACAAUGGAGAACCAGAACUUGAUGUAUUUUCUGAUGACACAGACAUUUUGAUGGGAGGUGUUAAUGCACAGGAUAUCACCUACGACAAUGGCAUGUACCCAGAAAGGUACUCUUUUCGGGCCUAUGCAAGAAUAUUAUAUGCUGAACCCAAGAUGAAGAUCUACAUCCAGGGGCGCAAAGUGAGGACACGGAAACUCACAUAUGUCAUGUAUAAACCAAGGCUGUACAAAUAUAGUUCAAAUCGCUUCAAGAAGAGAUCUGAGACUGAUGCGGCAAAGGCUGGAGAAGCAGCAAAGCAAGCUAAGGAGAAUGAAAGAGAAGCUGUGAGUAAACUCAAAGAACUAGAGAUGAAAUACAAGAACAUCAAUACCAAAGACUCAAGAGCAAAGCUCCGGCAAGCACAGGCUCAUGCCCAAGACAUGAAAGAAGAGGCAGAGCUGAAACAUAAAGUUGCUGAUAUCAAACAGAAGACGAUGAAGGAACCAAAGACGUUAGACUUCAUCUUUGGUGUCAACAUUGAGAACCGACGCCAGCAGGGGAUGUUCAUCUACAACUGCGAUCGUCUUGUAAAGAUGUUUGAGAAAGUAGGGCCUCAGCAGGAUGGGGGAGUCAUGUGCAGCGGAGUCCUAGGCUAUGUCAACAUUCCUUACAUAGUAUUAGAGCCAACCCAUAACAAACAGGACUUUGCUGACAACAAAGAAUAUCGUUUGUUGCUCAAGUCUCUAGGAGAACACAUGAUACAGUACUGGAAAGAUAUCAAUAUAGUGAACCAAGGUGUGUUGAAGUUCUGGGAGAGCUAUGGUUAUGUGAGUGCAAACUGGAAGGAUCCUCCUUCACAAGAUGCUAAAUUCAUUAGGAAACGAGCCAUGCAACUCCCAACAAUGAUACAAUGCAAUUCUUGCCUGAGAUGGAGACAGCUUCCAUUCUCUACCAGUACCAUUGGGAUAGAGUAUCCUGACAACUGGGAAUGCUCUAUGAACAAGGAUACCACCCUCAAUAAAUGCAGCAACCCCGAGAGGAAGCUGUCCAUCCCUACGGGAACCAUGAGGAAGGAGGUCAAAAGUGCAGAGGAAAAACAGAAGGAUCUUGAAGAGGAUAUCAAGAGGAAGCAGCAGAAGCUUCAACAAAUUGAAAGAACCAAAAAGCUGUCUUCAAGACAACGCCAGCGCUCUCCUUCUCCUCCAUCAUCGCCCUCUCCACCACCAUCUCCUCAACCGAAGAGGAAAAUGGCAAGGUCUACUCCGAAGCCAAGCCCAAAGCACACUCCAAAACAAAGUCCCAAACACAUUCCAAAAGGAAAGGCCAAACCAAUGCCCAAGCCUCAACCGAAGCCUCAACCAAAGCCUCAACCAAAACCAGCUCCAAAGCCCAGAGAAGAGCUACCGGUAGUCACAAAGAAGUUUUCAUCCAAGGUGAAACCCAUUGGUAAAGCUUCGCCCGUUGUUCAACAGCGCCCAGUAAGCCCCAAACCCGCCAAGCGAUCAGCUGCCAUCGCCCCAGCCAAGCGCCCCAGCCCUGCCCCUAUCUCAAGCUCACCACAAGCUUCGGUCUCGGUCCUCUCAGUAGAGCCUAGUCCUAAGAAGAAGAGGAAAGUGAGUGAGUCGUCUCAAGACUCGCAGGAAUCUGCAGACACAACAGAGAAGAAUGCAAACAGUGAGACAGACACAGAGCUGGAAGGAGUGGGGAUUAAAGUUGAAACCUUGAUCAAGGGUCAGUGGCACAAAGGUCAUGUGGCAAAGGUCAGCAGAAAGCCAGACAGUGGAGACAAAUGGAAGGUCAAAUUUGAUGACCAUCCCAAGGACAAGUUUGACAAAUGGUAUGAUAAAGAUAGCUCCGAUCUUCGGUUACAGGGUAGUGAAGAUUCUAUGUCUUCACAAGACGACACAUGCAAUCAGGAAACAAACAAACCAGAAGAGAAGCCGGAAGAGAAGAAAGAAGAAGAGAAGAAGCCUGAUAAGGAAACACCACAUGAGGAACCAGACAAAGAGGUGAAAGGAAAGGAGAAGGAAAAGAAGGAGAAUGAUGAGGAGAAGAAAAAGGAAAGUAAACCAAAUGAUGUAGCUGACUCGGUAGAACCAAAGGAAGAGAUAGGGAAAGGAGACUCAAAAGGAAAGAGUACCGAGGAGGCAGGAGGGAGCUCAAAUCCAGAGGAGGUGGAGAAAUUGACCCAACUGAAUGGCUCACUCUGUGAUGGUUUCAGGACAUGUUUGAGGUAUUUCCUUCCUCCAGAAUGGACGAUGUCCAAAGAUGACAUCAAUGAUAUGGACGCCAAGAAACUGACCGAGUUUCCACUUGACCAUUUCUUUGACCACUAUGAAAAGGGACUGCGAGAUCUGGUUGGCAGAUACCAGGUAAAUGCUGAGGAGAAGGAAAAGGAGGCAGUAACAGCUCAGGGUAAACUCAACAAUCUUCGCAAGAUGGUGGCACAACUCCUUUCAACAUUACAUGACACACAGGAUGGUCUGUCAAUUGAGAGCAUGAAAGGAGAUGAAAUUGACAACUUGCUGGCGGUUUGUUUGAAAGACCAAGAUGCACAGGACUCAUGAGAGAGUGAGAGAGAGCAUUCAUCGAACACCACUUUGGAGAAACUUUGCUGUUUAAGGAUGAAGUACCCAUACUAAUCUGACAUUCUCCAGUGCAGUGAAGGAGGCUGACUUUGAAUCCCAUUCAUAUGGAUCUGUGUAACACCGGAUGGCUUAAAAAUUGCUGAUAUGUAACUAAAUGAUAGGUCUGGUGUCCUAGAAGGCCUGUCUCAAACAAAAUGGAACCAGACCUUGUUGCUCUUGGAAGAGCAUUACCAGGAACAAAGAUGACUUAUUGGUGCUUGAAGAUGUGGAUGCAGGACAGCGUUGAACAUGCCAAAUUUGAAUUUAUGGAAUAACUUUGUGGUAAUCCUAACCCUAGAGCCAUUUUUAGUGUCUCGCCUUCAUCUUUGGUGGGCGAGACAAUAAAAGGGCUGUUUGGUUGUGAUAUUAAACAGUAUUGACGGGGUUCAAGAGGUGUCCAUCCCUUGUCCGUUUUCUGUCGCCUGUACAAAAAAUGUUAGAGUUUUACCUGAAAGACUCUCAGAUAC